GAAAAAAUAAACACAUUUAUUAACUCAAUUGAUUCUUCUUUGAAUAUUGAAUUAAUCAACUCAAAUGCAAAAGGAAAAGUUGCAAAAAAGAAUUUUAAAAGUCUUUACAGUAAAUUUUUUAAAACUUUAGCUUCUAUUUAUCCAUUAAUUUAUUUAAAAUUAACUAUUGAAGAUCCUUCAAUAAUUUUAAAAAAUUUCUCGUUUAAUGAUGAUAAAUUGCUUAGGAUUUUAAUAUUAAGUUUCAACUUAAUCAGUUAUGAGUUAGAAUCAAAGAAGGCACAUUCAAAGAUGUUUUCAAAAGCAUUUAAUAGUUUUCAUAAUUUAAGUUGUUCAUUGUUUCAUAGAAUAGAGGUUUCUGGAAUACAUCUUUCAUAUAAACAAUCAGAAUUAGAUAAUCCUUCAUUAUUUCAUUUUUUCCAUCCUGCACACAAAAAAACUAAACCUGUUUAUCAUGUGGAUGAUGUUUUUUCUGCUGAUAUGAAUGAUAGUGAUGAUAAUAUCUCAAUCCAUUCCACUAUUAGUUCAACAUCAACACUUUUGAAAGCUGAUUAUUUCAACAAAGCUGAAGAUAUAUUAAGUUCAGAUUUUUUAAUUUUUAAAAUCAAAUUAGAAAAUCUACCAGAUUUCCAGUUUUCUUCAAGUGUAUGCAUUCAGUCACUAAAUAUUGAUUUAUCUGAUUUGGUGAUUUUAACUGGGAUUUCAAAGAUUUUUGAAAAUGUUUUUUUACCUAUGGAUGAUAAUUAUUUAUUGGAGUCCAUCAAAAUCAACAAAAAGUUAAAUAAGACAUUGAAACCUGAAAAGAAAUCCACAAUUGAACAAAUUUUAUUUCAACAUUUACCUGAUUGGUUUACUAUCUUUAGCGUAUCGUUUUCAGAUUUUAGUUUAGUUUUAGGAGCUAGGUCUAUAUUUAUGGAAGCCGAUUUAUUAAAACAAUUACCGUUGUCAUACUCAAUUCCAAAUGAUAUGAUAGAAGACAGUCUAAGAAAAAUUUGCUAUAAAUUUGAUAAUGCUUCAUGUUUAUUAACGCGAAACAACUCCUGUCUCGGGGAUGACGAUAAGAUUCUUUCUAAAAUAUUUGCUAAAACUCAGGAUCGUGAUUCGGCAAAAGAAGAUACAAAAAGCAAUCAGUCAUUUUAUGGAGAUAUCAGCUUUAAUGGGACUAGCAGCACCUCAGGAGAGUCCAUUUCUGAAGAUGAUGACCCUUACUGGCUAGUGGAUUUUAAAAUCAAAAACCUCAUUGGAAAAACUAUCAUGGAACCCAGCAAUGAAAAGAUUUUUUACUUACAAUCAAAGAACUUUUUUAAAAUGCCAAUGGUUGAGCUAACUUCUAUUGCAUUUCAUAAAAAAGAUUACUUAAAGGAUUUACUUAAAGUAAACGUUUCAGUUGAUAGAUUCGAUUUGCUUUUUUCUCACAUUAUUUACUUUUUAAUUGUGUCUUCCGUGAGUUUGAUUAGAAACACUGUUUUCUCGUUUUAUAAAAAAGUUUCAAAAUCACCUAUACCAAUCGUUGAAAACCAGAUACUGAAUAAAAAUAAUGGCUUCAAUAGCUCGAUACUUGAUUUCUUGGUUUUAAGUGGUGAUUUUGGCUCGAUUGAUAUUGUCUUGCAACUACCUAACAAUUUUAAAAUGCGUUAUGAAAACUUUCAUUCUCAUAUCAAAUUAACACCCGAUAUGCCUAGUAUUUUUUCAAAUUCCGAGGUUCUCAGGCUUUGUGUGAAAUCUCCAACUGUUUCUGGAUUUUGGGCGACACUUGUUAAUGUCAACUAUUGUCAACUUUUAUUGAAUUUUGACAAUUUACUAGAAUACAUACGAUGCAAAAAUGAAAAACAGAUAGAUCUUGAUACAGUGCUUGAAAUUUGUUCUCACUCAAUUAGAUUUUCUAUUCCUCACCAAUUUGUCAUUCAUAAAUUAUUUGAUAAUUUGGGAACGUUUUUAAAGGUUGCAAAGCAAUUGAAUUACUCUUUAAAAAACAAUUCACCGGGGAUUGUUAUCAAACCACAUGCUGUACCCCCUGUUAUUUUUCCCAAGAUUCAUUUAAAAUCCAGAAGAGGGAUCUUUUCAAUGGAUGAUGAUCCAUUUGAGAGUGAGUUAAGUAUGAUUUUCCAAAUUGGUAUAGCUGAACAGAAAGAGCGACUUUCCAAGCUUAACUUUUUUAUAGAAGCAGCAAAACAUUCAUUUCAUGACGAAGACGUUAGCUUAGAAGAAUCAUCGUGUUUUUCUGUGGUUUUGAGAAAUAAAAAUAGUAUAUUCAGUAUAAAGGAUUAUUAUAAAAUUGAUGAUCAGGAUAAUAUUUCUUCGAAUUUUAUGGAAAGAGAAAGUGUGUCUCAGAAAUUGGACGUUUUGCAAAGAAAUUUAUCCAAAUCUUGGCUAAAAAGAGUUGAGGUGUAUAAACAAAAAAUGGCUCAAGAAAUUUCCAAUAAUGCUGAUUUUCUCUAUGGUUUACUUUCAAAUAAUAUGGGAUCUCAUAAACAUUUGAAUAGAAGAUUGUUAGAAAAUUCUCUUUAUCCCCCUCUUAUGAGUAUAAUACUAGAAAAUUUAGACUUAAAGAUAGAUCGUGUCGAUUUUCCCAUUGAUUCCAUACCCAAGUAUAUUCAUGAUAUUGGAAAAGGGGUCCCCUAUGAUACUGAGUAUACGCUUUUAUUGCCCUUCAACAUUGAUUUAAAAUUAUCCGAGUUAAGAGUUCAUUUAAGGGAUUACCCAUUGCCACUAUUAUAUAUUCCUUCUAUUUCUGAUAAUCAGUUUUCUAGUAUUCCUUCUGUUCAUAUUCAUGGAAAUUGUAUUAUUGCUGAAGAUUUUUUUGACUCUCCUUCCAAUAUUAGAAAUGUUUUUGUGCCACUUGUUUAUUGUUGCGAUCAAAGAGAAAAUCUUUGUUUAUAUUCUUUAUUGAUUCCCAGAACUGUUGCAUCAAUCAAAAUGUUUCCAAAUUUAGUUGUUGAUAUAAACACAAGCAAGCCUACAAAGUUUACUUGGGGUUCAUCGCAGACAGCAUGUAUUCAGCAAAUUAUGCUUAUUUUUGAUGCCUUCACCAAGCCUCCAUUGGAUCCUUCAGAUAAAAUUGGAUUUUGGGAUAAACUUAGAGCAAACGUUCAUGCUAGAAUUCGUUUCAACUGGAACGAUCAUGGGGACUUGCACAUAUUAUUUAAAGGGUCAAGGUCUCCAUACGAACUAACUGGUUCGGCUGCUGGUUUUAUUCUAUGCUUCAAGGGGAAUGUGAUAUUGGAUCUUAAUCGAAAUGAUGAUCCAAAAGAUUUUCUUGUAGUGGAUGCAGACCAAGUUAUGUGGGUUAUUCCUAAUCAUCUAGCGGAGCCUUUGUUGGUGUGGUCUAGACAUUCUUCAGAGUCUGUUUUCUUACCUACUUCUUCUUUAUUUGUAUCAUCUAUUGCUAAUUACUAUUUGGAGGAUGAUUAUAAAACAGAGUUGCCUUUUGUCAAUCGUGGUGUAAUAGCGGAAAUGUCUAAACAUUAUUUUGAAAAGGUAACUAUUCAGCUUUCUGGAAAUGUUCAGUUUAAGAUGGGGAUCAAUUUUGAGAGGAUGAUAACAAAAACGCAAAGGUCAUCUGAAUUUACUCCACAUUAUUUGAUUAAAUUGACAAAUCCAGAUUAUGUUGAAGACUUAAGUAAAUAUGAUGCCUAUGAAAAGUUCAGAAGUCAUUUUGUUCAUAUGGCCUUUUCAUUGGUAUCGCCUUCAACCUCAAAUUCUAGAUUAAAAACUCAAAAAGGACCUUAUAAUACUGUUCAUUUGACUCAGCGGUCUAUAGAACAUUUCUUUGCUUGGUGGAAGUUAUUUUCUGGAAACAUGUCACUACCUAUACGUCAUGGUAAGAUCUUUGGACCCGAAACCUCUACUAAAAAGUUUGCUCAAUAUUUGGACAGUAUCAAGUAUCAAUUUUUGAUUUCUCCAUUAUUUAUGUCACAUUUUCAAAGAGACAAUGAAAAAGAGCUAUCAUUGAAUGAGGUGUAUUCGUAUGGCAUGAAAGGUAAACUUGAUUCUUUUGCUCUUGAUCUUCAUCAGAAAAAGGAGUUGUUUGUCAAACAUUACGAGAAAUUAAACUUGACAAAACGAGUAACUCAGAUGAAAUUUGAGGUUGGAGAGAUGAUCAUAUCGAACUUUGACAUUAGAAUUAUUGAAGGAAUAUUGAAAAAUCAAGUGCCCAAUGGUACUUAUUCAGGCAAUCAUUCAGCUAAGGUCAGAACUUUUGACAAUGAUCUUUCGUGGUACGAUAGAAACGAUUUUGAGGAAGUUGGGACUAAUUCAUUAGAAACUUAUAAGGCGACAGCCCGGAUAUUUCCUCUCAUGUUCACACCUCAUUUAUCAUAUUAUAGACAGACCAAUUUUGAUGAAUCUUAUGUGCUUUCUAACAAUAACAAUUGUGUUGCGCACGAUUGUAUAUUGGGAAAGAACUACUGGAUAGACACACAAUUCAAACUCACACAAGAACGCAUGGAUCAAAUUAAAAAGGAAAUUCAACUUCAUAAAGCCACUCUUGAAACAAAAACAUUUGACGAUAAACAUUAUAGCGUUUCUUUACAAAAGAUAAUAGAAAAUUUAGAAAAGAGAUUUCUGGAUUUGUGCAAAAUACAUGAAGAUCUUAUGGUAUUCAAGGAAAAUCCUACUUCCUGCGAUGCAACAUACUUACAAGAUGUUGAUUUUUCGGAAAAUGAAAAGUCCCGCUUUAAUAAUCAAUUUAUUGUUCACAAUAUGUUAUUAAAAUGGAAUGUCCACAACAGAAAUUUUUUUUACAAAUACAUUCAUUUGGUUAACUUAGAAAGCACUAUGGACGAGUAUUUAGGAAAUAAGGCUGUUUCUUAUUUCCGAGAUAUAAUAGUUGAGCAAAAUGAUCGAUCUGAUGAAGCCGCAUUGAAAUCCACUUUAUCUAGAAUUGAAGAGGAAAGCAAAGAUCACAAUCAACCUUUGCAGUUCUCAUAUGAUAAAAAGUCUUGUGUUGACAGACUUAAGUUUUUUGAAGAAGAUUUAGCAGCUGUAAAUGAAAACGAUGUUAAUCUCUCUCAUGAAAAUGAUUAUUGUUUUAAAUUAAUAUUACCUCAAAUUCAAUUAAUCAAGGAUGAAAAUGUUGAUUCAUGUGUUCUUGUUAUAGCUCCAAGCAUUCAGUUGAAUAUUGUUUCUAUUAUUGAGAAGAAGUACAAACAGAUAGAAUUAUUGGAAAAAGAGGAAACAGAUGUUAUUUCCGUUGAAAAAAGGUUUGGGGCAAUUCUUAACCAAGCCAAUGUUUUUGUUUUUUCUAAAGGAGAGGUUGCAACAAAUGCAAAUAAACUCUUUACUGGAAUCAAAAACUACGGAUCUCUUUCCAACUGGCCUCCAUGGUUGGGUCCUGAAUCUUGUCAUAACAAUAAUUUGCUAUCGAAUAAUUUAUUAUUGGAAAAGACAUCAAUAACAGUUAGAUAUGAUCGUGUGAAUCCAAUGGUGCUUAUGGAUGAAAAUUAUGGGUCUAUCAGAAGAAACAAAGUUAUUGUGGAAUGUCCAAAAGUUGUUGUUUCGUGUGAUUCUUCACAAUAUUCAGCUUUCUAUUCUAUAAUCAUUAAUUUAUUAAUUUACAGUGAGCCCACAAGCAAAACGUUGAAUGAAAAAUUAGAAAAAAUGAUAAUCAAGUCAGACCUUUCAAAUCUUUCGAGUUAUUUGGAUCAGCUUAAGUUCCUUCAAGAGACGGCCAAGUUGUUGCGCAAAUUAGAAUUGUGUUAUUCGUUUAGAAAGCCGUUAUUACUGGAAAAUGAAUUAAGCGACUACUCAGCGAUUGGAAAUCAAAAAUAUGAAACUUUAGUUCAAUUAUAUCUUUUAAUGAAAGUUGUUAAUUUGGGAGGAAAAAAAUACCAGGAGUCGCACGAUACUUUGGAAUGGGCAAUUAGAGCCGACCAAAUAAUCUUGCAUAUGUUAGAGGAUGAUAGAAAACCAUUUCUAGAUGUUGCUUUAGCUAAUUCUAAGUUUAAUCGAUUAGAGAGUCCCGAUGGUUCAAAUCGUAAUGCAAUUGAUAUUGGAAUAAUUCAAUGUUUUAAUUUGGAGAAAGAUGUAUUGUAUCAAGAAUUUUUUUCACCAUUUACUCCAAAAGGUUCAGAGCCCAAAAGUCUGUCAAAAAGUGAUAAUUUAGUUAGAAUUGAGUGGAAAAUGGACAAACCAGUUGGGGGAAUCAAAGUUAUUAGAAAUUUUAAUGUGAAAUUGCAACCAGUUAAGAUUCAAUUAGAACAAAAAACUGGAGAAAAAAUAUUUCAUUAUUUGUUUCCAAAUGAUUAUAAUCAGGUAUCAAUAGUCGAAAAUGGUGGUGGAAAUCAAGAUUCUACGUUAGUUAGUGGUUCCAGUACACUUACAAAUUUUCAAAGCAGAAAGAAAAAUAGUGAGUUAAGGUCCAAACAACGAAUUAUUGAAUAUGAAGACGACGAAGAUGAUGGGAAGGAGGAGGGGGACGAUGAUGAUGAUGAUGAGGAUUACAGUGAUACAUCAUUUUCUAGUAAUUCAAUGAACAGUAGAAUUGUAUUAGAUGAUGGGUACGAUGAAGAAAGUGAUGAUGAUGGGGAUGAUGAUGAUGAAGACAAUGGAUCUAAUGGAUCUAAUGAUGGAUUUUCAAUUAGAAAUGGAAGCAAGUCAAGCUCAUUAAGUCUGAGACAAGAUACCAAAAUCAGUCUAAAAGAAGAAGGAGGAACUCCUGUUAAUCGAAAGUUUACAUUAAGAAGUCACAGAAUAAAUGGUAUUCAAAACAAUUCAACAACAUUAACAAGUUUGCCAAAUAUUGAAGAACAAGAUGAAGUUGAUGAGAUGAUUGGCCGAGCAUCAAAAUAUCUAAGCAUCGUUUCAUUCCAAGUCAAUCACUGUAUAUUGUGCGUUAGUUAUAAAGGUGCCGGUAAAACUAAGCUAAUUAAUGUGAAUGAUUUUGUUUUGAAAUUACCACUAAUUCAUUUUUCCAAUAGGGUCUGGACGUUGUUGGAUCUUGCAAUGAAUUUGAAGAAAAUUGUUAUAAAAUCACUAUUGGCACAUACGGGGCAAUUGAUUGGAAAUAAAUUAAAGCAUCAUAGAAAUAAAAAUAAGAAGAUUAUGUUGCCAUUGAGACAAUUGACACAUUAUGAAUCUUUUACAUCGAUAUCUGACUUAAGAAAAAAAUCUGUUCCUAAAGUUCUAUUAAGAAGUAGCAGUAGCAAAGAUGAAGAAGAUAAGGAAUUAUAAAGUUGCAUUGGGUUUUUAAGUUGAUGCUACAUAAUGUUAUUUAUGCUAUCUUUUUACGUUUAUUAUCAAAUUUAAUUUAUUUUUCAAAUUAAAUUUGAUUUCAGUUUCGG